GCCAGGGGAAGGACGGAUGCCCAGCAGAAGAAGGGAAGAGGGCAGGUUAACAGGUGUCAGUUGCGUGAGCUGGCAAUUGCGCUCGGGGUUGAGAAGUGCUGGAGGGCAACUUGGCUUGGUUUGACCGGCCAGGCGUUGGCAGCGGCUUUGAGGCCCGGUGGCAGGUGGGUGGAUGGCGCUGGUUUUCCUUUCGCUUUCUCAGGCCGCUCAACCUGACACCUGGGGCCAGAACUACAGUUCCCGCCGCGCAGCAAGGCAGGAGGGAGAAGGGGGCCCAGAGGGCUGCAAAGGGAACCCGCAGGAGAAGCAAACGCUACCUGGCCUGCAGAGGAGGAGGCCCGAGCCAUGCAGUUCUCCAGCUCAGCCAGGGCAGCAGAUGAGAACUUUGACUAUCUGUUCAAGGUCAUCCUCAUUGGGGAUUCCAAUGUGGGGAAGACGUGUGUGGUGCAGCAUUUCAAAUCCGGAGCCUACAAGGAGUCACAGCAGAACACCAUUGGGGUGGACUUCACGGUGCGCUCCCUUGAGAUCGAUGGCAAGAAAGUGAAGAUGCAGGUAUGGGACACCGCAGGCCAGGAGCGCUUCCGCACCAUCACCCAGAGCUACUACCGCAGCGCCCACGCAGCUGUCAUUGCCUACGACCUCACACGGCGGUCCACAUUUGAGUCUGUCCCUCACUGGAUUCAUGAGAUCGAAAAAUACGGUGCAGCUAACUUGCUCAUUAUGCUGAUCGGAAACAAAUCAGACCUGUGGGAAAAGCGCCAUGUCCUUUUUGAGGAAGCCUGCACACUGGCUGAGAAGCAUGGCCUGCUGGCUGUCCUGGAGACAUCGGCCAAGGAGUCCAGGAACAUAGACGAAGUGUUCGUGCUCAUGGCCAAGGAGCUGAUUGCCCGCAACAACCUGCACCUGUAUGAGGACAGCACCCAGCACAGCCUCUCUCCAGAUUCCCGCUCUGUUCUUGUGGCCCAGGUCCCCAGUGAAAAGACACAGUGCACUUGCUGAAUCCACGUGCAAGGCCAGCUCGGAGGCCAGAGGCGGCCACACGGCCCAGUGUCUCCUGGUGGCCCUGCAGGCCAGAGCCUACACUUGCCACCUACACCUUCUCCUUGGGCCUGAAUGGGCCACAUUUUUGUGACAAUUCACUCCACAGACUGAGUAGAGGGGACAUCAGGAUUCCUAGGGAAACCAGGACUGUAGGCCCAGGGAAAGAGGGCCGAGAAAGCUUUUCCCCUCUUGUCUGACUCCCCCACACUCCAGCUGCUUCCCACUGGAUUUUAUUUCUCAUAGAAUAAGUAAAGAUCACCCUUUUUGACCACA